CCAUUUCCUCCCACUCGUAAACUUCCGGUUGACAGGACAGUUGUUUACGUUUGUAGGCUUCGGCCCCUCUGUCCUGAUAAACGCGAUGGCGGCUCCAUCUAUGGAGACAGAUGAGCAAGCCCGGAUUCGAUUCCAGUUGGAGUUGGAGUUUGUACAGUGUUUGGCAAACCCUAAUUACCUUAACUUUCUAGCACAAAGAGGAUACUUUAAAGACAAGGCAUUUGUGAAUUAUCUGAAAUAUCUACUGUAUUGGAAGGAUCCAGAAUAUGCUAAAUUUUUGAAAUACCCACAGUGCUUACACAUGUUAGAGUUGCUGCAGUAUGAACACUUCCGCAAGGAGCUGGUAAACGCCCAGUGUGCCAAGUUUAUUGACGAGCAACAGAUUCUGCAUUGGCAGCACUACUGCCGCAAACGCAUGAGGCUCCAGCAGGCCCUGGCUGAACAGCAGUUGCAGAAUAACACUAUUGGCAAAUGAUGCACCAUGCCCACCAUGGGACUUUAUACUUUGCCAUACUGCUGUCCAGGAUCCCAAUAAAUCAUCCGUCAAUGUAGUUAUCUGACAUGGCAUUGCCUAAAAGCUACUUUAGAUACAUGCAGUGCGAGUGAAGUUCCAUCUAUGUAAUGGGGCACAGACAUUUGCAAUAAAAGGCUAUUGCAUCACAACUUGAAUUCCUGUUAAAGAUCUAUGACAACAUAGCAAGUUAAUCACAAAUUAAUUAUCAGAAGCUGAAGAACUCUGUGCUGCUACCUGCACCGAAAUCAUGAACAAUGUGAGGCUAUUUGCCUUUAUAGACUUUUUUCAUAUGUUCUUUUAUAAAAGUGGUUUUGAUUUUACCUCACUGAAUACUUCAGGAUUGUAUAUAGUAAUUUCCUAUCACAGUGUGUAUAAGAGAUGUUGACUACCUUAAGUUAAAGAUAGUGAUUAUUGUUACAGGAAAUACAGUUCAUCAGUCCUCACAUGGCUUCUCUAUGAUAUUCUAGGCUUAGAAUAUCUAUUUAAAUGGAGUUCUGUUAACAUCACUUGUUAUAUAAAACACUUUCUUUCAAACACA